AUGGACUUCGAGAAGCGUUCCUUCACCGUCACCGGCACGCCGCCGCCUGACGCUGAAUCACUACGCCGAUUCUCCUAUGGGAUGACUACUGUCAUUCUGUUUCUCAGCACCACAUCUCUGUUUAUGCGUGUUGCGGCGCGAUGGAAACAAUAUAAAGGACUGAAGUUGGACGACUACUUGAUCCUUGUCGGCUACUUCAUUGCUCUAAUGCCAGCUAUUUGCAUUUACAUCCCAAACCAGCCGGCUUUGGCCUGCAUCAAGAUCUCCAUAUUGGUCUUUUACAUGCGCAUUUUCACCACAAAGAUCUUCAAGAUCGCAGCAUGGGCGAACAUCAUCUUCACGCUGCUCUGGGCUAUCAUUGGAUGGUGUAUUAACCUCACCGUUUGCCAUCCCGUCUCGUUCUUCUACGAUCGAACUACCCCUGGUGGAUACUGUGGAAGCCAGCAGAUCAGUGGCGCCGUCAAUGGUGGGCUGGGUGUUUUAGGCGAUGUGUUGAUCCUCGGUCUCCCAGUCUUGAUGAUUCGCAAGCUUCAGCUUAAUACCCGAAAGAAGAUUGCUGUUGGUGCUAUCUUCAUGCUUGGUGGUUUUGUCUGCGUCGCCAGUGCGGUCCGCAUCGUCGUUGUCUCCCAAGCCGAACCCAAGGAUGUCACAUAUGCUCAGGCCAGUGCAGCAACUUGGACUGCCAUCGAAAUGCAAGUCGCCAUCUUGAGUGCCAACCUGCCGACUCUGGCUCCAUUGUUCGAGAACUUCUUCCGAAACAGGACUGGUAAAUCAAACUACGGCCCAAGCAGUGGAUCAAACGGCAACCCGAAGUCAAGUCGGCACCAGGGUGGGCUAGUGUAUCCUCAACGAUCGAAGAGCGUCACUCAUGAUGGGUUUGAACGCAUUAGCGAUGAUCUUGAUGGCCGGUCAAAGGGUGAUUCCCUCCGAGAUCUCGAACUUGGCGAUCGUACCAUCCUGGUGAAGACCGAGUUCUCUACAGUUGAGACUAAGACAGUCCCCGAACCAGACCGCUUUGAAAUGCAAGAUAUGAAGAUUAGCGGGUGGAAGCAGAAGUACCACAACUAA